GUUAUCGGUGCACCUACGUUUAUAGUAUGUGGACUUUUUAUUAUUGGCGUAUAUAAUAAUAUAUUGCAAGCAUCUGAAUAUCGAAGUCAUCUGUGGAUUAGUAUGUGUAUCAGAAGGUACAAAUGUAAGAUUUCGUUAAGGAUAAUAAUUCUGUAAUUGAAAGGAGCAUCAAUCGCAAUAAGGUCUUGCAAUGGACAGAAGAGUGUUAGUUGUAUUGACAGUAAUAGUUUUAUUACAAAAUGUGCAUACAUGUAAAAAAUCCAUUACAACUGUCAGUGGUAAUUAUGCACCGAAAGAAGUAUGCUCUGGGAAGAUAAUAUUUGAAGAUAAUUUUGAUGAGUUAGAUUUGAAUAAAUGGAACCAUGAGCAGACCCUUGGUGGUGGAGGCAAUUGGGAAUUCCAGUGGUAUACCAACGACAGAAACAACAGUUACGUGAAAGAUGGGGAGCUUCAUAUCAGACCGACCCUUUUGGCUGAUCAAUAUGGUAACGAUUUUCUGUAUAGUGGUACUAUCGAUCUAGGCAAAGAAUGUACAAAUAGUGAGUGGUUUGGAUGUCGUAGAGUUGGAACAAAAACCCAGAUAUUAAACCCCAUAAAGAGUGCUCGACUUCGUACUGCAAACUCGUUUUCGUUCAAAUACGGAAAAGUUGAAAUUCGAGCCAAGAUUCCAGCAGGUGAUUGGUUAUGGCCAGCUAUUUGGUUGCUACCAACCUAUUGGAAAUAUGGAGGCUGGCCGACAUCUGGAGAAAUCGAUAUGAUGGAAAGUAGAGGAAAUCGGCAGCUGAUAUCACAGAGCGGUCGUAAAAUUGGCGUGCAGACUAUUGGAUACACUCUAAAUUGGGGACCAAACCCAGACAACAAUCUAUUCUAUAAAACUCAUUUUGAUUCAACGCUUGAUGUAGGAUACAAUCAAGAAUUUCACAAGUAUCAGUUGGAAUGGACUCCAGAUUACAUUAAAUUCUCAAUUGACGAUAAAGAAGUCGGUACAAUUGUUCCACCUUCAGGAGGAUUUUGGCAGUUAGCAGAUUUAACUUCAACAGGUCUUCAAAACCCAUGGAAAAAUGGUACAAAAAUGGCUCCUUUUGAUCAAGAAUUUCAUCUUCUGAUAAAUGUGGCUGUGGGUGGUCUCAGUUAUUUUCCCGACAACGCUGUCAACACUCCAGGAAAGAAACCUUGGACCAAUACAUCACCAUAUGCUCCAGCUACAUUUUGGAAUGCACGAAAUGAAUGGUUGCCAACUUGGAAAAUGGAAACCGAUGAAUCUCAUUUAAAAAUUGAUUAUGUGAAGGUGUGGGCGCUGUGAAAAAAACAUUUUCUUGGAAUAUUUUGUUUUUAAAUAUUCCACAAAACUUCACUAUAUCGUUAUGGUAGGGGAGCAAAGUACGCUAAAUUUGCAGUCACUCAAACGUUAUGGGAACCAAUUAGGUUGUGAUUAUUAGGUCCUAAAAUCAAAAAAAGUUAAGUAAAAUUUUCGUAAUUUUAGGGGGCGCUUUCCAUUUUUUAAUUUAACUUUCCAUUUCUAACAAUCGUUUUUUCCAAUUAUAGCGCCAUCUAUCCAUAAUUCGAAAAAAUAUCUCGAAUAAAAGUGGCUUAUUUUUACGUAAAGAAUCCAAAUCUGCAAUAAAAAUUUGGGUCCCAUUUAAGAUUUUAAAGUAACCCCCCACCCCACCUCCGUGGGGGGUCGUGUUUAGUACCAUUCGAUAGAUUUUUCAAAAACAUUUUGAAAGUGUAUUUUGCAGUUUUUCGAUCUGAUGUUCAUUUUGCGAAAUAUUCGAUUUUUUUUUAAACUUUUUGAUUCACCCAUUUCCUACCCCGCUCAAAUCGUCAGAUUUCUGAAAUAUACACUCUUUUGCAUGUAGUUAAGUUACCAUGUCUUCGAGUAUUUAUUUACCUGACAAUUUCGAGUAUUUUAAGGAUAGAUUUUUUUUCGGGCCCCCCUUCGAACUUCCCUGUGUUAAGAGCCAACAUAUAUGGUAGAGGUACAUCUGCAGGGUACCAGGUUUCUCCCCAUAUGAUAAUCUGACUCGCUCGAGUAACUGCAAAAAUUCCCGCUUGGGCUCCCCUACCAUAACUAAUAGCUCAUUUUAUUUUAGUUCUAAUUUAAACAUUUUAAUAAGUUAAGUAAAUUUAAAUGUAAGAUUUUUUAUUUUUUUUUAUUUAUAGUUAAUAAUUAAAACAGUUUUGUUGUG